AUGGCUGAGAAUUUGCCUGUUGGAACGAUACGUUUCGGAUGUAAAAUAGUGAAAUUGGAAUCUCAUCCUAUAAUUACUUCCCAUACCAUUCUUCAUCUGCAAGAUGGGACUGUCAUCAAGGCUAAGGUAGUGAUAGGAUGUCAUGGUGUACACUCAGUGGUGGGGGAUUGGUUAGAGUGGAAACCCACAAGGCGUUUUAAUCUGUGUGGAGUAGUAGGUUUCACAACUUACCCAAACGGCCAUGGUUUUGGCAAUGAAUUCGUUCGAAUAAGGGGAGACCAUAUGAUGGCUGGAAGAUUACCGAUCGACGAAAAGCUGGUUUAUUGGUUUGUGGCUCGACCAAGGACUCCUCAAGGUAUUAGUUUAACAAAAAGUUUGUGUUACUAUUUAUGGUUUGUACAUGCUGGGAAGAAACUAACAAUCUUAUACAGUGGUUUCGAAAGAACCAAAGUCCUUAGAGAUUCAACUAUGGAAUUAAUCAAGGAUUUUCCAGCAGAAAUCCCAGAUUUAAUAAAGAAUUGUGACCUUGACUCGGUAUCACUCUUUAGCUUGAGGCGCCGAGAGAACUUUAGGAAAGGAACUGUCACAGUGGCCGGAGAUGCGAUGCACGUCAUGGGACCAUUCGUCGGACAAGGUGGUACUGCAGCACUAGAGGAUGCAGUUGUGCUUGGGAGAUGCUUUGCACAAGAGAUGGUAGCUGUCUUGGAUUCAGAGAGAAGUAACAAGAACAACUUGGAUUGA